AAAGAAAGAAAGAAAGAAAGAAAGAAAGAAAGAAAGAGCGCGCGCGUGUUAUGUGUUUCAUUGAGUGUAAACAGAUUCUUGUCUCUGUGUAUUUUAGUGUUAAGAUGAUGCAGGACACUACAGUGUGUGACAGUAAACAGAGCUUACAGGAGGAUCAAACCUCCACAGAGUCUCUGGAUUCUGUUUGUAACGCUGGAGAACAGCAGCAGAUCCUGCAGACCAAACUGAAGAUGUGUUCAGUUAAACUCAUCGACUGCACGAACCUCAUGAUGAAGAUUAAAACUGAACCCACAGAAAUCAAAACUGAACCGACAGAAAUCAAAACUGAACCGACAGAAAUCAAAACUGAACUCACAGAAAUCAAAACUGAACCCACAGAAGAGGAAGAUCCCACUGAGGAAGAUGAUGAUUUUAUUCCAUCAGAUGUGAAGAGUGAUUCAUGUUUGGAUAUAGAAAUAACGUCCUCAACAUCAAAAGAGCGACUGACAGCACAAACUCUUUCCUGCAUCACCUGUGGAAAGACAUUCAGCUUACAGAGACAUUUAGAGAGACAUGAGAGAAAACACACAGAACAGAAACUUUUCAAGAGAUCUGAGAUCAGCUUUACUACCUUACAAGAGAAGAAACUUCAUUCAGAAGACCACAGAGAGAAGAAGAAGAAGCAGUUUCACUGUGAGCAGUGUGGGAGGAUUUGUGUCUCUUCCUCUGAUCUAAAUGUUCACAUGAGGACACACAGUGAUGAAAAGCCUUUCUACUGCACUGAAUGUGGAAAAUACUUCAGAACCAAAAAAAAUCUUAAAGUUCAUCAGAAAAUUCACACUGAAGAGAAACCUUAUCACUGUAGUUUCUGUGGGAAGAGUUUUAAUCAACAGACUUCAUUACUAAAUCACACGAGACUUCAUACAGGUGAAAAACCUUACAAAUGCUCUCAGUGUGACAAGACGUUUGCUCAGUUAGCUUCCUUAAAAUCCCAUCAGAGACUUCAUACUGGAGAGAAACCUUAUCACUGUAGUGUCUGUGGGAAGAGUUUUGUUCAACAGGCAAGCUUAUCUAAGCACAAGAGAGGUCAUACAGGUGAAAAACCUUUCCAAUGCUCUCAGUGUGACAAGACGUUUGCUCAGUUAGGUUCCUUAAAAUCCCAUCAGAGAGUUCAUAAUGGAGAGAAACCUUAUCACUGUAGUCUCUGUGGAAAGAGUUUUGGACAACAGGCUACAUUACUAAAUCACAAGAGAAUUCAUACAGGUGAAAAACCUUUCAAAUGCUCUCAGUGUGACAAGACGUUUACUUGUUUAACUAACUUAAAACACCAUCAGAGAGUUCACACUGGAGAGAAACCCUAUCACUGUAGUGUCUGUGGGAAGAGUUACUCUAAUUUAUAUAAUUUAAGAGUCCAUCAGAGAGUUCACACUGGAGAAAAACCUUAUCACUGUAGUGUCUGUGGGAAGAGUUUUAGUGUAAGUGAUACUUUACUAAAGCACAAUAGAAUUCAUACAGGUGAAAAACCUUUCAAAUGCUCUCAGUGUGACAAGACGUUUACUUGUUCAAGUAACUUAAAAGUCCAUCAGAGAGUUCACACAGGAAAGAAACCUUAAUACUGUAAUGUUUGUGGGAAGAGUUAAUCAACAGUCAAACUUUGUAAAGCACCAGUGACCUUGAUAAGGUUAUGAAACCAAAAACUUGUAUAAAGUUUUAAAUAUUGUUAAAAACAAGUUAAUAGUAAAAUAAGAGCAAAUAAUCAAAGUAUUAGCUGUUCAAAAGGCUCAAAGGUCCUAAAUAUCUCAGAUGCCUUAGACCAAUCAGGAAGCGCAACGUCAUCAGAGCGUCACAGAAAGGGGAAGAAACUGUGCUAAGAGAAAAAGCAGGUGCUGCACGUGAGAAACUUAUCGCGUGCAAACUAACUUCAUUUAAUCUAACUUUAAGUGUGUAUUGAGUUGCUGUGUGCGUACAUGCAAAAAAAGCACACACACAAGUUGUAAUUCAACAAAGUCUUCAGUAAAGCAAGAAAUCUUUACUAUGUCCUGUAGUGCUUCUUUUCACAACUAAGCAUCUCAUUCAGUUCUGACCGACUGCCUGCUGCUUUACGCACCUAACUAUUCACUACAUUCCGAACCCUACAUUUCAAUUAGCAAUAUCGCAGAUAAAUAGAACAGAACAAACAUACAAAUGAAAUAAAACUGUGCUGCUCCUGGUUUCAGAUUGAUCUAACAGCACUUUAUUAUGGAGGACAAAAAAUGACUAGAAGGUCCCAUAUUUGAAAGUUUUAUUUUAGGUUAUGAUGUCCUAAAGGGAUAGUUCACACUGUUACGUUCCCAUGAAACCUAUAUCUUUUAUUGUUAAUCCUGUUUAUUGAUUUUAUAGUUGUUUUGUGUUUCGGGCUGUACCUUUUUGUUAUUUGCCUGUCCUUUUCUCCUGUAACUCCUUUAGGAGGGAAGAAAAAGAGAGGGAGAGAGAGAGCAAGAGAAUGCGUGCUCCUACGGCCUGAUUGCUCACGCCACCUGCAGCUUAUUACAACACUACAAGCUUCCUUUAAAAGACUGUAGCCGUUUCUCAAUGUCAAGGAAGGAUCCUCGAAAGCUAGAAUUUCGAGGAUGCUACGUCAUCGACGUCCGUCGAAGGACUGUUCCAAUGUCGAGGAUCCUCGAAAUUUCAGCCAAGGACUGAGUCCUUCGUUCGAGAAAUAUCACAUAUACAGGAAAGGACGCAAAUUUGUAUCCUUCGCGCUCUUCACGCGCUGAAAUCACCCACAAUCCUAUGCGCGCAGCACCGAAAGCACACCUUUCAAUCACGCAAUGACGUAAUGACGUGCACUUGCUAGCCUGUUCCAUUUAACGUGUUCUCCGAAUGCUUGAAAGGAGCCUCGCCUAGCCUCUGAAGGAAGUGACUUGUAAGGACUAGUCCUGCCAAGGAAGUAUCCUUGACAUUGAGAAACGGCUUGUGCUUGCGACCGCGUAGGGGAGUGAGCUUGUUGGGGAGAGACUUGUGUUGCUAAUCCGUUGAUUUGAAUAUACCUGUUGAAAAGUUUUAAGCAACUCACAUUGUUAAGAGUUGCUGAGAGGCUAGUUGAAGCCUAGUGAACUUGUUUUUGUUACCUGAUUUAUCUCUCUGUUUACCCGGAAGCCUGUAGGGAGGUGGGUGCCCGCUUUUUACUUUUUGUAUUACAUUUUUCUCCUGUUUUUCCUUAGUUAGGGAGGCAGUGUAUUUUGUUGUCUUUGAUUUUACCUUUUGUCGUUAGUUUAGCAGAUUUAAUACCCCUAGGUAGAGGGCUUUAUGUUUGUUAUUUUGGGCUAAACCCCUCCUGAUGCUUUUUGUUUGCUUCCACUGUUCUUUUGUUACCCCUUCUUGACCUGAAACGAGCGAAGAGUCUGAAACUCCAAAUAAAACACUCCUUUUUGUUUUCCAAAUGGUGGUUUCGUCUUAAUUGAAAAAGUGUGGCGGAAGUGUUGUACUAUUCAGAUUGUGCGCAUGCCCAGUUACGUGAUUGGUCAGAGUGAGCAUCGUGCAUCAGAGCUCCGUCGAGUUUAUCAUCCAAAUCCUAUUUUCUGACUACCUUGUUCCUAUUUAUAUAAUAUAACAUAUUCGUUUAUCUCAAGAAUACUUUACCGUGACGACUAUUGAGCAGUACUACCACGUGAAACGAUUUAUCACUGCUAAACACCCAGUGUUAGCAUAUAGCCCACUAGCAUCAACAAACAGGUGCCGGUUUUAGUUACCAUUUUGCCGAUCUAAUGGCGGACUCAUCCACUGUAUGCUAUUCACCUGUCCUCACCUGAGCGGGAAGCUGUGGAGCAGUUGAUACCCGGUUAUCGCAGAUCCUACGCGACGUACAGCGCCAAGUUAACCCAGGCUCCAGACAUCCACAAGCGACUGAGAAGUGCAAAAAGCGAACACCCUACGCGGUGCAGCUUCACGGAGCGCGCUCGAGGGAACGGAGACGCCAUCGCCCAGAAUGAAAGCGAUCGGGAAGCUGUGGAGGAGCCGCUGCCCGGCCGUCGCAGAUUCAGCAUGCCUCAUAUCACACUGGCUACAGACGUCCGCAGGCGAUCGGGGCGUGUUGCGAGCGAGCUUCCUUCGCGAUGUAGCUUCACGGACCGCGUCCAGGUGACCGAAGACGCCAUCACCCAACAUGAAAGCGGUAAGACUCCGCUUGUUAUUGUAACCUGCAUUACUUGCCACAUGUACAGUUUAGCUUCUUCCAUCAGCACAGAGGGGUUUACUUGUGCUAAGUGUAUUGAAGUAGUAAGGCUGACGGAGAAGAUUGCAGAACUAGAAGCGCGCAUCCAAACGCUAGUUGAUGACAGCAAUACCGCUAAGGCUACAAACGCUAAUACCGUUAAGGCUACAAACGCUAAUACCGCUAAUGCUACAAACGUUAAUACCGCUAAUGCUACAAACGCUAAUACCGCUAAUGCUACAAACACUGUUUCGGGUGCGCCUAGUGUUAAACGUAAUACACAUAGCUCGGUUCCAUCAUCUGAGUCAAGGGGGCCGACUAACUGGGUGACUGUCAGGCGGCAAAGUCGUUUCCGAUGCCCACCCAAGACCCCCCUGGUAAUUUCAAACAGGUUCGAUAUUCUAAGCAAUACACCGACUGAGACGUCUGUUAAAAGUGCCUUGGUCAUUGGAGAUUCGAUACUUAGGAACGCGAACAUUGAGGCACCAGCCACCAUAGUCGAUUGUAUACCGGGAGCCAGGUCUUCAGACAUUAGAUCAAAACUUAAAGUGCUGGCUAAUGCUAAGCGUAAGUUUUCUAAAAUUGUUAUUCACGCCGGCACGAAUGACACCAGACUCCGCCAGUCGGAGAUCACCAAAGAUAAUAUUAAAGAGAUAUGUGAAAUUGCUAAAACAAUGUCAGACAAUGUAAUAUGCUCUGGUCCCCUCCCCGCCUACCGGGGGGAUGAAACUUACAGUAGAUUAUUGUCUCUUCACGACUGGAUGUCAAAAUGGUGCCCUCAGCAUAACGUAGGGUUUAUAGACAAUUGGAAGCAUUUUCGGGGGAGACCUGACCUGCUAAAGAGAGAUGGCCUCCAUCCAUCUCAGGAA